GUGGACCUUGGAUAUAUAUUUGUGGGAUACCAUUUACUCUUUCCAUUUACAAAAACUGUAGUUUCUUCUCCACCCCCAAAUCGAAAAAGCAGAUCAGAUCUAAACCAAACAAACCCUAAUCUCAAUGGCCACACGCGAAGAGAACGUCUACAUGGCCAAGCUCGCCGAACAAGCCGAGCGCUACGAAGAAAUGGUCGAAUUCAUGGAGAAAGUCUCCGACACCGUCACCGACUCCGACGAGCUCUCCGUCGAGGAGCGCAACCUCCUCUCCGUCGCCUAUAAGAACGUCAUCGGCGCUCGCCGUGCUUCGUGGCGCAUCAUUUCGUCGAUCGAGCAGAAGGAGGAGUCUCGUGGCAAUGCCGAUCAUGUGGCGACGAUCAAGGAGUAUCGGGCGAAGAUCGAGGCCGAGCUUUCCAAGAUCUGUGAUGGAAUUUUGAAGCUUUUGGAUGCUAAGUUGAUUCCGGCUGCCAGUGCCGGGGACUCCAAGGUGUUUUAUUUGAAGAUGAAGGGGGAUUAUCAUAGGUAUAUGGCGGAGUUUAAGGUUGCUGAUGAGAGGAAGGAGGCUGCGGAGAAUACGCUUAGUGCGUAUAAGGCUGCUCAGGAUAUAGCAAACUCUGAGUUGGCUUCUACACAUCCAAUUAGACUUGGACUGGCUCUUAACUUCUCUGUUUUCUACUAUGAAAUUCUGAAUUCACCUGACCGAGCAUGCAACCUUGCAAAACAGGCUUUUGAUGAAGCCAUCGCAGAACUAGAUACACUGGGAGAGGAUUCUUACAAGGAUAGCACUCUGAUAAUGCAACUUCUUCGAGACAAUCUGACUUUGUGGACUUCAGAUAUGCAGGAUGAUGCCGGAGAAGAGAUCAAAGAAUCCGCCAAGAACGAGGAUGAGCCACAGGCUCAGGCGCAGUGAAGCGUAUUGUAUUAGCAAAGUUAUCAUGCUUCAUCUUUUGCUGUUUUUAAUUGAAGAAGUUGCUUGAUCCCUUUCACCAAUUUGUUAUUGGGCUCUCCCAGGGAUUUAUGAACCCUUUUAGAUGAAAGCAAUUUCUACUAGGUUUUUAUUUUAAUCUUCAAAGAUUAUUCGCCACCUGUGAUUGUUGUUUUGGUGGUUUUAUCAUGUUGACAACCUUAAAUUGCUUGCUUAUAAUAAUUCUGCAAUGAGCAAAGACUUUCUUGCUUUUGGAUUAUCAAA